CUCUCUCUCGUCAGGCAAUUACUGGCUGCUUCUUCAGGUUUUACUUCUCUCUCAUCGAUUUUCGGCUCCCCGUUCACCAUAAGUGAAAAUCUAGGGUUUCAGGGUUGUGAAAAAUGACAGAGCCUUCCAAGGUCAUUCAUGUCCGUAACGUGGGACACGAAAUCUCUGAGAAUGAUUUGCUUCAGCUAUUUCAGCCAUUUGGUGCUGUCACCAAGCUCGUCAUGCUUCGCGCUAAGAAUCAGGCCCUCCUCCAAAUGCAAGACGUUCCUUCAGCUGUCAAUGCAUUGCAAUUCUACACAAAUGUUCAGCCAAGCAUAAGGGGGAGAAAUGUUUAUGUUCAAUUCUCAUCACAUCAAGAAUUAACAACUAUGGAUCAGAAUGCUCAAGGACGAGGUGAUGAGCCUAAUCGAAUUCUCUUAGUUACAAUUCAUCACAUGCUAUAUCCUAUAACUGUGGAAGUGCUGCAUCAAGUUUUUUCUCCUCAAGGAUUUGUGGAGAAGAUCGUCACAUUCCAGAAGUCAGCUGGUUUUCAAGCCCUUAUUCAGUAUCAAUUACGCCAAAGUGCUGUUUCAGCUAGAAACUCUCUCCAGGGUCGUAAUAUAUAUGAUGGUUGCUGUCAGCUGGACAUUCAGUUUUCAAACCUCGAUGAGUUACAAGUGAACUUCAAUAAUGAGCGGUCAAGGGAUUUCACAAACCCAUCUUUGCCUUCAGAACAGAAGGGCAGGUCCUCCCAACCUGGAUAUGGAGACGCAGGUGGCAUGUAUGGCCUUCAAGCUUCUGGAGCCCGAGCAGUUGGAUUUCCACAGAUGGGCAAUGCUGCUGCAGUCGCGGCUGCCUUUGGAGGAAGUUUGCCUCCUGGAAUAAGUGGGACAAAUGACAGAUGCACUGUACUUGUAUCCAAUCUAAAUCCCGAUAGAAUAGAUGAGGACAAGCUUUUCAAUCUUUUCUCGCUUUAUGGAAAUAUUGUGAGAAUCAAACUUCUCCGCAAUAAACCAGACCAUGCAUUAGUUCAGAUGGGUGAUGGUUUUCAGGCUGAACUGGCAGUACAUUUUCUGAAGGGAGCCAUGCUGUUUGGAAAGCAUUUGGAAGUGAACUUCUCAAAGCAUCCGAACAUUACUACAGGUGCUGAUACACAUGAGUACAUGAACUCGAAUCUUAACCGCUUUAAUCGUAAUGCUGCAAAGAAUUACCGCUACUGCUGCUCUCCAACCAAGAUGAUCCACCUCUCCACCCUUCCCCAGGAUGUUACAGAGGAGGAGAUUGUGUCCCACCUUGAGGAACAUGGCACCAUUGUCAACACCAAGCUCUUUGAGAUGAAUGGUAAGAAGCAGGCGCUUGUCCUGUUUGACACCGAGGAGCAGGCCACUGAAGCCCUUGUGUUCAAGCAUGCUACUUCCCUUGGUGGUUCAAUGAUCCGAAUUUCCUUUUCGCAGUUGCAAACCAUUUAAGAACCCUCACAUUAAUAGGGUACCAAGGGUAAUACGCCAUCACUGAUGGGGUACCAAAGGUAACAAGCCAUAUACAAAAGGAUACUUUCGUGGUACGCUCUCUACUGUUUUAUCUCAUAUAUUGGAACUGUAAUUUAAUGGGUUUUGUAGCACCGGAGUUCUCUCCUCGACUUUUUUUGGUUUUAACAUUGUAUUUUGUUUUCUUAAACACCUGAGAACUAUUAUCUGUGGAGACACUGGUUUUGUAGAUUCCUAGAGAGGGUAUGAUCCGUCACAAGUGAUCCUUUUCCGUA